GUGUAGUAGGCGGAUUUCACUUGAUGAGUCACUAUGAAACAGAUUAUAAAGGGCUGUUAUCAUUAGUCCAGAUUUAACUUUUCAAAGAAAUCACAAUUAGGUUUGUGAUGUAGUGUACUAGUGGAGUUUUAGUAAAUUCAGAUGUUUUGUAAUCUUAUUGUCACUUACUUUGUUUCAAUGAAAAAUGAAUAUUAACAGAAGACAGUUUAAAGACUAGUCUGUCUUUAUAAAGUUCAGGAAAAGGUAUAUGGAAUUAAAGCAGAACUUCCCAGUGUUGAAUCAGUGAUCCAGACAAUGUGAAUUUAAAAACAAGCUAGAUUCAGAUUUCAAGUGGAGGAUUUUAGAGGUCAUCUGGUUCAACCCCUUCUUUCUGGUUAAUGGUGAGGAAAAUGAGGUUCAGGAAGGUUAAAUGAAUUGCCCAAAACCACGCGACCAGUUACUGGCAGAGCUGAGACUCAAACAGCAGUUCCUUGCUGUGGUCUUGCUGUCACUUCCUAAUUAGUGGUUAGAGAGACACAUUGUACAUGGAUGUGUUUACUUGAGUUUUACAUUGAAGGGAGGGAUUAAAAUUCAUUGAGCAUCUAUUUGCUGAGCACUUUUUAAAUCUCUUAUUUCAUGUAAUUCUUACAUAGUCCUGUGAACUAAUUAACAGUCCCACUUUACAGAUUAGGCAGCUGGGGUGCAGGAAGGUUACUAACUUGCUCAAGGCCAUGUGACUAACACUAGAGCUGGUAUUUGAGCACUGGGUCUGUGUGGCCUGUUCCUGCCAUGAUGCUCUGCUGUGGCUCUAGUGAGAGUAACUGAAACCUCUGCAGGGGUGUGGGCAGUAGUGAUGGUUAUUGCAAAAAUAGCUUUUUCAGACUUCUCACUCUGUAAAAGCAGAGAUGUACACAGAUGUGAGCAGUCUUCUCAGCGUACCCACGGCACUUAGCAGAUGUGGGCUGAUCUUCAUACCAUCUCUGUAACAUAAAUGGUAUUUUCUGGCUGGGCGGCCGAAGCCCAGAUAGAGUCAGGGGCUUAUUGCCCAAUCCCUUAUCACAAAGCCGCAUGGCCCUGCUCCCAGUUCCGUCCUUCGUCCCGUCUAGCAUAGAUUUCACCACUUUUGUUCUUUCCUGUCUUACACCAAGAUUGUUUAAGUACUUCCCAAAAAUAAUGAGCCACGUGUGGGUGUGCUCGUUCUCCAGAAUGAAUCACUGUGAAAGAGGCCACGAACCAAGGAAAGGAGAGUGCGUGUCUGGGAGCAGAGGCUCUGGUUCCCUGCCUGCUAAUUGACGGACUCUGAAGUGAGCUGCUUUUCCAAAGGCGGCUGCGGGUCUGGCCCGCGUGUCCCACUGUGCUCAGAAUAGCCCUCUGGGAGUUGUUCGCUUUCCCUUCUUGCUUCCCAAAAUAGACCUGAGGCUGUUCUCAUCGCCGGACGUCGGGGCGCGUGUACUGAGAGGUGUGCGCGCCACGGGGACCCCUUUUGUGCCUGAAUGUCCCCAUUGACACCAAGAGGAAUGGGCGUUUGCGCUCGUGGAUGAGUAGUCAGGACUCCAGGCUCUGCUCUGUGCGUGCACCAGCUGCUUACAGGCCAACUACACGUGUGAGACAGAUGGGGCCUGCAUGGUUUCCAUUUUCAACCUGGACGGGAUGGAGCACCAUGUGCGCACCUGCAUCCCCAAAGUGGAGCUGGUCCCCGCCGGGAAGCCCUUCUACUGCCUGAGCUCCGAGGACCUGCGCAACACGCACUGCUGCUACACUGACUUCUGCAACAAGAUCGACCUGAGGGUGCCCAGCGGUCACCUCAAGGAGCCUGAGCACCCCUCCAUGUGGGGCCCUGUGGAGCUGGUGGGCAUUAUUGCCGGCCCAGUGUUCCUCCUGUUUCUCAUCAUCAUCAUUGUUUUCCUUGUCAUUAACUAUCAUCAGCGCGUCUAUCACAACCGCCAGAGGCUGGACGUGGAGGACCCCUCGUGUGAGAUGUGUCUCUCCAAGGACAAGACGCUCCAGGAUCUCGUCUACGACCUCUCCACGUCGGGGUCUGGCUCAGGGUUACCCCUUUUUGUCCAGCGCACAGUGGCCCGAACCAUCGUUUUACAGGAGAUUAUUGGCAAGGGCCGGUUUGGAGAAGUGUGGCGCGGCCGCUGGAGGGGUGGUGACGUGGCUGUGAAAAUAUUCUCUUCUCGUGAAGAGCGGUCUUGGUUCCGGGAAGCAGAGAUAUACCAGACAGUCAUGCUGCGCCAUGAAAACAUCCUUGGGUUUAUUGCUGCUGACAAUAAAGAUAACGGCACCUGGACACAGCUGUGGCUCGUCUCCGACUAUCACGAGCACGGCUCCCUGUUUGACUAUCUAAACCGGUACACGGUGACCAUCGAGGGGAUGAUCAAGCUGGCCUUGUCUGCCGCGAGCGGUCUGGCACACCUGCACAUGGAGAUUGUGGGCACCCAAGGGAAGCCUGGAAUUGCUCAUCGAGACUUAAAGUCAAAGAACAUCUUGGUGAAGAAAAAUGGCAUGUGUGCCAUUGCAGACCUGGGCCUGGCUGUCCGUCACGAUGCAGUCACGGACACCAUUGACAUUGCCCCCAACCAGAGGGUGGGAACCAAACGAUACAUGGCCCCCGAAGUACUUGAUGAAACCAUCAACAUGAAGCACUUCGACUCCUUUAAGUGUGCUGAUAUCUACGCCCUUGGGCUCGUGUACUGGGAGAUUGCUCGAAGAUGCAACUCUGGAGGCGCUGCGGGUGAUGGGGAAGAUGAUGCGGGAGUGCUGGUACGCCAACGGCGCGGCCCGCCUGACCGCGCUGCGCAUCAAGAAGACCCUCUCCCAGCUCAGCGUGCAGGAGGACGUGAAGAUCUAGCUGCCCCUCCCCACACGCUGCUGGGCAGCGGGACCUACAGCCGAGCUGCCGUGUUGAGCGUCCGAUGGAGGCCUACCUCUCGUUUCUGCCCAGCCCUCUGUGGCCAGGAGCCUGGCCCGCAAGAGGGACAGAGCCCGGGAGGCUCGCUCGCUCCCACAUUGGGUUUGAGACACAGACACCUUUUAUAUUUACCUCCUAGUGGCACGGAGCCUCUGAGAGCAAACGGUGUGGAGAACUCAGUGCCACAGCCUGGACCAGCUGGAGUGGGAAGUUCUGCAAAGCCCGGCGCACCUGGCGAGAAGCCUGGCAUGGUGACGGGCGGCCUGGGAGGGCCCGGGAGGAGCGAGCGUGGCCCCUGCUGAGCGGCACCGAGGGCUUUCCUCUGGGACCAACCCCAGCGCAGCGAGGCAGCCCGGGGAACCAGAAGGAUGGCCCCUCUCGGCAGCGCCGGGCCUCGUGCUCCCCUCCGCCCCGUCGGGACACCUGGAGGGACUGCCAGUGCCCGUCUGUCCAGCCGUGUAUGCAUGUGCCGAGGUGCGUCCCCUGUUGUGCCUGGUCUGUGCCGCGCCCUUACACGUGUGUGUGCGCGUGCGCGUGUGUGCGUGUGUGUGUGCGCGCGCGCACGUGUGUCUGUAGGUGCGCACUUACCUGCUCGAGCUUUCCGUGCAUGUGCAGGUCAGGCGUGUGGUCGUCACGCCGGCUCUGCGCGCUGGGGCCUCUGUUCAGUAGUGAGCAGCGUCUGGUUUCCCUGGUGCCCCUCCCGGAGGUCUCCCUCCCCUCCCUUCCAGAAGCCCCCCUCCACGGUGGGUCUCCCUGCCCUGUGUCGCCUGGCCCUCCUCCAUUUCAGACUGUGGAACCAAAGCUGGCCCGGUUGUCUUGGCAGGCAAGGCUCUUGGGCCCAGACGUAAGGGAGGCGGGGUGGGAUGGGCAGGGAGAGAAUCUCGGUGGCAGUCUGGGUGUUGUGGUCAGCGGCCACCGUGGGAAAUGAGCCAGCCUAAGGGCAGCGUCCUCGGCAGCGUCGAGGAAGGGCCGAGGAAUCUGAAGCCCAGAUCUUGGGACUCAGAUCGGAAUGUCACAUCUGUCUUUCAUAUCCCACAUUCUGGAAACAGCAGUGUAUAUUUUUGGUGGUAGUGGAUUUAGGGUGGGGAAGGGAAGGGGGGGCAAGGAGUGGGGAGGGAGUCUGGGGCGGGAGGGAGGCAUCUGCAUGGGUCUUUUACUGGAUUAUCUGAUCACGGUGGAGGGAAGAUGUGAGACUUGCAUCCACUUCAGGGGCUUUACUAAAGGGAACAGCCCGAGCUGAACCUGUUGUUUAACCUGAGUGUAGUAUUUAACGACGUCUGGAAGCGCGGUUGUGGGUGGUGAUUCCGUCAGCAUAUCUUAGGUAUAUAUUAACUUCGAAGCCAUAACUUAACUGGAGUGGUUUGGUUUUCUUUUCUUUCUCUUUUUUUUUUUUUUUUAAUUUAAUUGGGAGGGUCUGGAUUUUAACUUUUUUUAAAUAUUGUUAAGUUUUUAUAAAAGGAAAACCAUCUCUAUGUGAUGAUUACCUCUCAAUCUAUUUGUUUUUAAGGAAAUCCCUAUAAAAACAACCACACAAAAAAUGCUUCAAUCAAACGCACACAGCUCAAUCACACUGGAAAUGUCUGUCCUUGUACCUGAGCCUGCUCCCCCCACCCAGCAGCAAGAGUUCCUCUGCCCUGGGGGUUGGUCUCGCUUGCGUUCUGCCCCCCCUCCCAGUUCCACAAGUGGGUUUUGCACUGGGGCCCUGGCCUUCCGUGUGUUGUCCAGCAGGUUGCAGCUUCUCCUGCAGGCAUUCACGCUACAGACAUCGCUGAGUGCCUGCUGGAUGCCAAGCAGUGCGCCGGGCGCUGGGAAAUACAGCUGUGAACAAGACAGGCUUGGGUCCUACUCUUGGAGCGCCGACCAUGGGACCCAUUCAAGUUAGUGGGUGACUGUUUUGAAACCAGAAGUUUUCGUAGUUGCUUCUGAGCCUUUUGAGCCUGGAGUGAUUGCUCUUAUAUAAGACCACUAAGGAGUGAGGAUGCCCACCUGUCCCCCACCAAAGAGGCCGGUGGUGGGCAGUGAGACCCCCCCAGUCGCUGCGUUCAUCCGGAGCCCCCUUCCUGCCCCCAGGGGAGGCACAGACUGUGUGCAGCCUCAGAGCAUCCCUGCCUCCAGCCCAGCGAUUCUCUGCCAAAGCUUGUGGAGGAGGGGAGAGCCCUCCCCACACUUCCAUUGGUCUCCCCCGUGCCCUGGCCUUCCUAUUUAUUUUCCUGCUGUAUCGCUUCUUUCCUUGCGUUAAAGGAGAUCUUCCCCUAACCCUCUGAGCCAAUUUACUGGCUCCUGACUAAUUUCCCUCGAAUACCAAUUGUGUCAUUAGGGGGACCUUCUUCCCCACCCCUGCCGAUGCCCCAUCUGUCCGCCCUGCGGCAGAACUUAGCGGUUUAGAGGAGAUGACGGAACUCAGACUCCUCUCCCCCCCGCCGCAGCCAGCCUCUGGGAUCUGCCAACACUCCUUGACCCAGGGACUCCCAAGCCACUAGCCCACUCCCCCGGUGGCCCUGCUGUCCUCACCACACACUCCUCCUUCUCCACCUCUGGGGAAGACUGAGCAGUUUUGGGGGGAAGCUCCCAAUCGCACCGCCACCACUCUUAACCCGAGAGUUAGGAGUGAGAGAGUUGGGAAGAAACUAAAGCUGUGGUUUUGGCCCCCUGAGGCUAACCCCGAUCCAUAGGGCUACCUGCACCUCUGGAUUCUGGAUUCACAGACCAAGUCCAAGCCCGUUCUUAGGUCGCCGUCAAGGCCCCCGAACGGCAUUCUCGGUACUUCUGUUUGUUUUUGUACAUUUUAUUAGAAUGGACUGUAAGAUAGCCACUUAGACACUUUACCUCUUCAGUAUGCAAAUGUAAAUAAGUUGUAAUAUAGGAAAUCUUUUGUUUUAAUAUAAGAAUGAGCCUGUCCAGUUUCUGCUGUACAUUAUUAAAGUUUUAUUCACAGAG